AUGGCGGGUAAGACCGCUAGUGUUUUGGGUGCUUUCGUACUUCUUUAUGCAAUAUCGAUUGUAGCUGGUAUUGUCAAAGAGACUCAAAGCUAUGGAGUCGGCAAGCUGUCCUACUGCAACCCCAAGUACUUCUCGCACUGUUCCGUGGUGACCACGCCGCGCGUCGUGGCUGGCGUGGAGAGGCUCUUCACCAAUUACAGCUUCACCACCAUCGUCUACAUCGCAAACAAUUUUACUGCUGCAGGAAUUUUCACGUCCUAUAAAGGCAUUCGAUUCAAGGUCGAGCACAAGCUUUGCGACUACUUCAGACAAUUCUGGGUGCAAGCAAUGCUCCAGAAAAGCAUCGGAAGAAUGCCGUGCCCAGCGCCACCGGGUACAUUCUCUUACUACGACAUCGAGAUACCUCCCCCCAACGUGCCGGUCCCGAUGCGACCGGGCACGUACCACCUUUACAGCGAGGUGUACACCACCGUCAACAAGGAGAGAGCGCUCGUCAUCGACCACACCAUCCACUUCGCCGAGGACUACCAGAAGAACCGUAAAAAAAUGAACAAGAAGAAGAAGGGAUAGGUGGUGAUAGUCAUUGACCUGUCAAAUGUAAUCUGGUCGAUGACUGUACAAAUAAUUUCUUUUUUUGUUUUCCUACC